AUGCCAAGCAAGCUGAAGAAGGCAAUUGGGGCAGUUAAAGAUCAAACAAGCAUUGGAUUAGCCAAGGUUUCUAAAUCAACACCAUCAAACGUUGAAGUUAUAAUCCUUAAGGCCACCAGACAUGAUGAAAUUCCGGUUGAUGAUCGCUACCUUAACGAAUUGCUUCAAUUGAUUUCUUCCAACAAAGUUCAUGUUGUGGCUUGUGCACAAGUCAUUGCCAAGAGAAUAGGCAGGACUCGAAAUUGGAUUGUUGCUCUUAAGUCCCUCGUGCUUAUUCUUAAAAUAUUUCAUGAUGGUGACCCUUUUUUCCCUAGAGAAAUUGUUAAUGCAAUGAAACGUGGUCACAAGAUUCUCAACCUUACAAAUUUUAGAGAUGACUCCAAGUCAAGCCCCUGGGAUUAUACUGCUUUUGUUAGGACUUUUGCCAUCUAUCUUGAUGAACGUUUAGAUUGUUUUCUUUCAGGGAAGCUUCAAAGAAGAUAUACAAAUCGAGAAAAGGAGAAUGGUGGAGCUGGGAGAUGCCACAAACCUGUUACUGACAUGAAACCAACACUUUUAAUUGACAGAAUAUCAAGUUGGCAAAGAUUGCUUGAUAGAGCCAUUGGUACAAGACCAACUGGUGCAGCCAAAAGCAACAAACUGGUUCAGAUUUCUCUGUAUGCAAUUGUACAAGAAAGUUUUGAUUUAUACAGGGAUAUAUCUGAUGCAUUGGCGCUUCUUUUAGAUAAUUUCUUCCAUCUACAAUAUGAAUCAUGUGCGAGUGCGUUCCAGGCUUGUGUCAAGGCUUCAAAACAAUUUGAAGAGCUUUGUUCAUUUUAUGCAUUGUGUAAGAGUAUUGGGAUUGGAAGAACCUCCGAAUACCCAAGUGUACAAAAGGUAUCAGAUGAGCUUGUUGAAACAUUGAAAGAAUUCUUGAAAGACCAAGCUUCUUUCCCUAGAAAUGGGAGCAGAUCACCAGUAAUGCUUCUUCCAGCGCCACCAGUACCUAAUAAUAAGGACCCUUGUUCAUCAAGUUCUGAACCUGGUGAUGAAUAUAUUUAUGAUCAAUCAUCAGGACCAACAGAAAGAGAAUCUGAAUUUGGUUCGCUAGGAACAAGCUCGAGUGCAUCUUUUGAGCAAUAUUGUUCAUCUUCACGAUCUGAUCAACAAGAAUAUGACAACAUUUGUACCAUAGAUACUAUAUCAAACCAUUCUAUGUCCCUCGAUCAAUGCAAAGACAUGACUUUGGAUAUUUUAUUUUUAGACGACUGCACGGCGGCAGAGCAUAAUCAACAACAACAACAAAAACAUGAAAGAGAUGAGUGGGAGCUUAUGCUUGCUGAAACUGCCACACAACAACAAUCAGAAACUUUAACCAAUGCAUCAAUUUCGGACAAUUUCAUUCAUCAAACUAAUUCUUCGCCUGAUCAGCAACCAUAUAAUCCAUUUCUACAAGAUGCAAUGGAUGUAUCAACCACUGUCAAUAGUGAACAAGAAGAAUUUCAAAUCACUACAGAUACUUUUUCAGCCGCUCCAACAUUUCGGGCAAUGCCAACAUUUGAACAUAAUGUUGACCCAUUUACAAUGGCAAUGCAGAGUGAAGAUGAUCCUUUUGAGUCGUGCAUGGGUGACAACCAUAUGCAUAUAAAUAAUGGGUCUCCAAAUAACCAAAUUGUGUUGCAUGAACAACAACUGUGGUUAAAGAAUCAAAACAAGAUUAUAGCAAAGCGUAUGGCUUAA